AGCAACUAUCUGACUUAGAUUCUCAAACAAACUCAUUCUAACGUUUGUUCUCUUUACUAUUCUAGUUUCAUGGCAUUGUCUACUAUUGCUUCCAUUACCUUAAUCAACACUACUCACAAUCACCACAGUUCAUUGUUCUUUCCACCAAAACAACAACAUCAUCACCAUCAUAACACCAGAAGAAUACAUAGGUUUCAAUGCAAUGGAACAAACCCAAAUCAAGAGUCUCAAACUAAGAACAAUGCAUUUCUUAAAGUAGCAUGGUAUAGUUCUGAGCUUCUAGGAAUUGCUGCUUCUGUUUUUCGUUCUUCAUCUGGUGAAGAUGAAGCUUCUCCUUUGAGACUUCUUGAAACCAUUGAUCGUGCUUCUGUUGUGGAUACAAUUAAACAAGACUUUGAAAGAUCUUAUUUUGUCACAGGAGAUCUCACAUUGAAUGCAUAUGAAGAGGAUUGUGAAUUUGCGGAUCCUGCCGGCUCUUUCAAAGGGCUUCAGCGUUUCAAAAGAAACUGUACUAAUUUUGGAUCCCUUUUGGAGAAGUCAAAUAUGAAUCUUAUGAAGUGGGAAGAUUUUGAGGACAAAGGAAUUGGCCACUGGAGAUUCAGCUGCAUCUUGUCCUUUCCAUGGAGGCCUAUUCUUUCUGCAACUGGAUACACGGAAUAUUACUUUGAUGCACAAUCAGGAAAAGUAUGCAGGCAUGUGGAGCAUUGGAAUGUUCCAAAAUCGGCUUUGUUCAAGCAAAUUCUAAGGCCUAGCAAGGGAUUUGGCUUAAAAGAUUAUCUGACUAGGUGGUUGAAAAUUUUCCAGUGAAUCAUUAAAUUUACAAAGAUUUUGCGACACUGUCAACGUUUCAUUAUACACACCUAAGCCUGUGUGAUAUUGGUAUGUAUUAAUUUUAGAAGUGUAUGAUAGGAGCUUCUGACAUAGUAGGAAUAUCCUGUAUAUAUGUGGUUUACCAGAUUAAUUAGGACUGUGAAUUUGAUUUUGUUACCAGAAAAAGAAAAUAGAUAAAAAGAGAUUUUUUUUCCUUUUCA